AUCUGGCAACCCUAAUUCUAUUUCCUAAAUUUCGAGUCGAUCCACAAGCUUUGCUUUUGUUUGUGUCGCUCAAUUACUCAAAAUGUCCGUUUGUGUCCUAUCUGUGGCUUUUCAAUUUUCCUUUUUCCUCAAUAAAAUCACUUGUAAACCAACCUACAAUCACAACUGUUGUUAUUGGAAAAUACCCACAAUUUUGGCAUUUUCAUUUGGUCCUGUUCGAACCGGAUUUUAUUGCUGUUUUAAUUUCCAUUUUUCAUCUAAAAUCAAGAACCAUGCCCAAACAUUCCGCCCCCAAAGGUCAGCGCAACCACAACAAAGCCCCAUACCAAAAUGGGAAAUUCUUGUGCCGGCUCUGUCAGCGUCCCCAUUCCUUACGUCGGUGCCAUAAGUUCCUGGAUAUGGACAUGACGGAACGGUUCGAAGUGGUGCGCAAGCACAAAUAUUGCGUGAAUUGUUUGGCCCUGGACCAUUCCCAUGGUUCGUGUUUCAGUGACACCGGCUGUCGCCACUGUCACAAGUACCACCACACACUGCUCCUCGUGGAUCCAAAGCUGCGGGCCCAAAUCCUUCCACCAUCUCCUAAGUCCCGAUCGGAAUCUAGGUCGGUUUCACCGCGACCAUCAACCUCUAAAGCUCGGCGAGUACCAAACAGGCCUUCAUCGUCCUCAGCAACUUCGCAUAACCCGAAGGGAUCUCUCACAUCCCUGAUCCAGCAAAAUCGGACCAUUUUGCUACCCACCGUCCUGGUAAGGAUAGAUGCAAAGAAUGUGGCGCGAUGUUUGUUGGAUUCCGCCUCUCCAGUAAGCCGUGUGUCGAGGAGCUUUGUGGAGAAAAUUAAAGUCAACACCUUGACAUUAAGAGAGGAGACAGUGUGCCAAUUGACUCUGUUCUCAAGAUUUGACUCCAAAGUGAAAAUCGAGGGCACCUUUCGCGUGGAUAAUCGGAUCACCACAAAGACGCCAGCCGAAUCCCUGCCCGACGACUUCAAAAAAAAUUUCCCCCAUCUUUUCUUGGCUGAUCCGAAAUUUUACCAGUCAUCGGGAAUAGAUAUCGUCAUAGGCGUCGAUAUCUACCCGAAAGUAAUUUCGGAGGGGGUGUAUGCCAGGAAUGGGUUACCAACUGCCCAAAGUACCGUUUUUGGGUGGGCCAUCUAUGGGCUAUGUUCGUAAACAUGUCAAUUUUUUCGUUUU